UCGCCUUCGCUUCAGCUUCAGCCUCCGCUUCAGCAUGGCCCGUCUCUCCGCUCUCGUCCUCUUGGCGGCGCUGUUGGUCACCGUGGCCGCCAACAGAAGCUCGUUCCGCGGAAAGUGCCCCAUCAAUUUAGGCAAGACUCCGUUCGACCCCCGGAAGAUGGCGGGCGAGUGGUUCAUCCAGGCGGGCACGCCCCUCUUCGGCGAGCAGCUGUCCCGCUGCGCGCGCUUCACCAUCCAGCCCCGCCUCGAGGGCCACGAGCUCUUCUACGACAUCCAGUACAACGCGCUGAGCCCGCGCGACGGCAAGCCCUACGCCCUCGAGUCCAAGAGCCAGGCCUUCAACCCGCACCGCGGGGCGCUCUCGCUGGGCGUGUGGCGCCGCGCCGGCACCACGGAGUACUCUGAGCCCUUCGGCCAGAGCGUGGUGGCCACCGACUACAAGACGUUCGCCGUGUUCCUGGCGUGCCGCCCCGUGUACGACGCGUCCACCCGCACCUUCCAGCGCGCGCUGGCGGCGCAAGUGUGGGGCCGCUCGGCCUCCAUGGACGACGACGCGCGCCGCGCCCUCGCCGACCUGCUCUCCAGCUACGACGUGGCGCGCGAGGACAUCAAGAUGGCCGACCAGGACAACUGCUCCUACGCGUACUAGGCCGCCCGCUGAGCCCCCUUCGCUUCCUCUUCGCCUGCUCGCGGCGGCGGCGGCCGCUUCUGCUGCUCUGUAUCGCUAAUAAACUCCUUCUCUGAAGCAAA